AUGCAAGUUGCAGCUUUGGACGUGUUUGAAGCAUUAAUAUUUAAUUAUAAGACCAAAAUUGGAUUACCGGAUUCCUUGUCAAUCGCAGUUUUAACUGUUAUUUCAGAGUUUAGUGAAGAAUUGAAUGUGUUGCUUAAGGAGAAUGGCAGUCAAAAUAGCACUGAAACUGGUACAGCAGAGGAUUCAGAAAAUUUGAAGUGUAGUGACAGUGUUCUUAAAUCUGAAGGUUCCUGUCAAGACAUUCCACUUGUGUUUUCGUUUUGUAAUCAUGAAAUUGAGAAUAAACCGCUUGAACUUGUGGAAAUUCCUGUUACAAGUGAUAUUGAAACACAGGAACCUCCAGUGACUUGUGAUGUAAGUGAUACUGAAAGAGCAGAUUUAAUUUGUGAAAAUCCUGGGAUUGAUUCUAUAAAAGUAUCUGAAGAUUCAGUUGAAUACAAUACUUCUACGAAACCUAUAAAAGAAGAGGAAGUAGAAGAAGAUGAAAAAGUCUGCUUUAAUUUAAAGCAAAUAAAUGAAGACAAUUUUUUAAGAUCAACUGCAAAUGAGAAUCAGGAAAAGAAAGUGUGUGAUGCUUGUUGUCGAAAGUUUCCUAGCUCCUCAAAACUGCAAGUUCAUUUGGCCAAGUGUCUCAAAAUAAAAAAUAAAGUUAGAAGUGAUGGAGAAGAAUACAAGUGCAACGUGUGUGAAGUCACCUUCUCCUCUCAGAGGCUACUCAAUAGUCAUAGGCAACAGAGUCAUGGAAAUGAGACAGACCAGCAGCCAGCAGAUGACUCAAUGUUGUACAGUGUGGUGGAGGUGCAAUCUUUACCUGAGAACCUUCCUUUCUACUGUUGCAAAACUUGCCUCUUUGUGUACAAAACUCCAGUUGAUUUUGAGGCACAUUCAUGUAAGGAAGUGUCUGAUAAUACUGAAAGUGAAGGUUAUGUGGGUGAUUAUUUCCACUUGUUAGGAAAAUAUUUGGUGAGCAAUCCUGAUCUCUUGGCACGUAUGCGCAAAUUUAGAUGUGGAACAUGUUGUGAAGAGUACCGGAGUCUUAGUCGAAUGUUGUACCACCUUUUACGCUGCACACAAGGACCCUACCCCUGUGAGCUUUGUGGCCUUGAGUGUGCAUCGAAACGUGAACUCAAUGGUCAUAAAAGAAAAGCGCACAGAGAUGUAAAUAGUUUCUUCUGUGAUGAAUGUGGAUUGGCCUUCAAACUGAGAACUUCACUGCAGAAACAUAAAGUGAAUCGCCAUGAGCGUAGAGCAGAUACAACUUGUGAACAAUGCAAUUUAACAUUCUCUAAACGAAUUCAACUUACAAACCACAUGAUUCGAGAACAUCAGGCAGAAAGAAAAUUUCUUUGUCAGGUCUGUGGGAAGAAAUUCUCAACGCAUGGUAGCCUAAUGGCUCAUUUAACCAGUCAUUCAGAGCCAUUCAAAUUUUCAUGUUCAUAUUGCAAUAAAAAAUUCCGUCAGAAGGAGAAGCUUAAAUUUCAUAUCAGAAUUCAUACAGGUGAACGACCACAUCUGUGUCCGACAUGUGGUAAGGGCUUCAUUCGUAAAUCUAAGUUGGAUGAUCACAUGAGGAGACAUCGGGGGGAGAAACAGUAUCAUUGCUCCACUUGUAGCAAAUCUUAUGCAAGUAGCUGGGAUCUUAAAUUACACAUCAGAAAACAGCAUCCUGACUAUUCUGUCCCAACAAACAGUCAUUCAGCAACAUCAUCUGAAAUGAUGGAACCAAUUGCUUCUGAAGUUGACGUUGAUGAACCUGCAGAGGGGACCACUGCUGUAGCAACAACAGUGAAUCUCAUUGCAGGAGGAGAGACAGCAGAGACUCUGAAGCCAGAGUGUACACAAUUUCCUGAUCUGCCAGAGGAUGCAGCAUUAGCCCAACUUGCAGAAUUACCCUUGACUGCAACAGAACCUUCUGUUGUUGAAGCAUUGGCGCCAACAGAAGGUAAACUGGUAAUGCAAUUGGAACCAUCACAGGUUCCAGCCACAUUAAUGCAGGCUACAGGUGAUGCUGUUGGCACACGACUUCUUCUGCAGUUGGGUCAGAACAAUGACCCAUCAUCACGCAUCUUGGUACAGUUAGAUGGAGGACAAGUGGCAGCAGCCAGUGGCCAGGCUACUCUACUUCAACCAAGCACCAUCUUAACAGUUGCUGAUGCCUUGCAAUUGACCCCUGUAGUGGACGACUUGAAUUUGAAUCUGGGAACUGUCCCUGCACAGUAUUUGCAAUUGACUGCAGCAACUGCAGGGACAAAUGGAAGUGCUGAUUCAACACACAACACUCACACUGGCCCAGCCACUACAAUGCCUGUGCACAUCCAGUUGCCUGUGUCUACGGUGCCAGUCCCUGCUACAGCCCUUUCACAACCUGCUACUGGUGGUACUAAUCCCUUUGGACUUCAGCCUGUGCCAGUGCAAGCUGUUUUUACACCUACUGGUUUUAAUGUGAAUAGUAUAUCCUACUAAAUUAUUUUCUUGUUUAAUAUUUAGAAUAAUAAUGUGUAAUGAAAACCCAGGCAGUAUUUCUGAUAAAAAUCAUAUUACCUGGAGAGAUUUCUUUGUGUUUGUCAGAGAUAUCAAUUUUUUUGUGGGUGAUUGUAUGUGUGGGUAAUUUUAUAGAAAUUCUUGUGUAAAUCUGAAUAUUAAGUUAUUGCCUAAAUGUUAAAUAAAUUAUAUUUAUAUAUUUUCAUCUAUCUUUUAUUAACAACUAGUUGAUUGUGGUGUCGCCAUGUUGUAAACUGUU